AUGGUGUUGGGCGGCUGCCACAGGGGGGGUGCCAAGGAGUGGAAGAGGGGCCUGGAGCCCCACAGCCAGCCCCCCAAGAGCCCGGCAGAGAAGAGGCUCUUGGAGGAGGCCUUUGGCAAGAUCUUCACGGAGCCAGAGCCCCGCGGGUUGCGCUGUGCAAGGGGGCUGCUGAGGGGCUUGAAGCGGGUGUGUGUGAGUGAGGGGGUCUUAGCGGGCACUACAGGGGCUCUGUUCUUUGCAGCCCUGGGCCUUUCUGUCCGCUCCCAGAUCCUCAAGUUUGGCGAAGACUGGGUCUUCCUCUUCCUCCUUGGCAUCUCCAUGGCAACCCUCAGCUUCGGCCUGGAUGUCGUCGUCUCCAAGUGCCAGCAAGCCAACCUGUGGGUUUACGAUGAGCUGGUGGGCUCUCACUACCUGCAGUAUUUCUCCUGGACGUCGUACCACGUGAGUUUGAUGGUCGUUUCAGCCGCUGCUGCCAAAUACAUCUCUCCCCAAGCCGCAGGCUCUGGCAUCCCUGAGCUGAAGGUGGCCCUCCGAGGGGUCAUGCUCCAUGAAUUCUUCACCGUACGGACCUUUGUGGCCAAGCUGGUGGGUGUGAUUUGUACCUUGGCAGGUGGAAGCACCAUCUUCCUCGGGAAAGUGGGACCCUUUGUCCACAUGGCCACGAUCCUGGCCACGCAACUAGGCAAAGUCAUGGUCUGGUUUGCAGGUUCCAGAGAGAACCCAGCCCGCAAAUACGAGCUGCUGAUCGCAGGAGCUGCUGUGGGCGUGGCUUGCUGUUUCGUGGCUCCUGUUGGAGGGGUGCUCUUUGGGGUGGAGGCCACAGGCACCCACUUUGCCGUGCGUGACUACUGGCGUGGAUUCUUUGCUGCGACUUGUGCGGCCCUCACUUUCCGCCUGCUGGCUGUGCUCUACAACACCGAGGAAACCGUGGCUGUUCUCUUCCGGACCAGCUGGCGGGUGGAGUUCCCCUAUGACCUUCCAGAGCUGCUGUCCUACGCAAUUCUGGGAAUACUUUGCGGAGUCCUCUGUUGCGUCUUUCUCUUCUGCCACCGAAACAUCCUGAUGGUUAUCCAAAACUGGCCCAAAAUCAACCGUUUCAUGGUGAACAACAAAAUCGUGUAUUCAGGAGCCGUAACGCUGCUUCUGGCGAGCCUCACGUUCCCCCACGCACUGGGGCAGUAUAUUGGUGCAAGGCUUUCCAUGAAGCAGCUUCUGGAGACCUUUUUCAAUAACAUGACUUGGGGGCUGGAAGAGGCGUUCCUGGGCAAUGCCACCCGGCAGCACCCCAACGCGAGCGACGGCGAUGGCUGGCUUCAGUGGACCCACCCGGACGUCUCCAUGCUGGAGAUGCUCUCCAUCUUCCUCGUGGCUAAGUUCCUCAUGCUGCUUGUGGCCACCACCAUGAUUGUGCCUGCUGGAUAUUUCCUCCCUGUCUUUGUUUAUGGAGCAGGUCUGGGCCGGCUGUACGGUGAGGUGAUGGCCAAAAUCUUCCCUGACGGCAUCAUCUCUGACGGGAUCCACAUCCAGAUCACGCCUGCUGGCUACGCCCUGGCAGGUGCGGCAGCCUACUCCGGGGCUGUCACCCAGACCAUUUCCACGGCCCUGCUGACCUUUGAGCUGACUGGACAGAUGUCCCACAUCCUGCCAGUGCUGGUGGCCGUGCUCAUCGCCAACGCCAUCAGCCAGCGUGCCCAGCCGUCCUUUUUUGAUGGGAUCAUCCUCGUGAAGAAGCUCCCCUUUCUGCCCAAGCUGUCCUUGGGCAAGAGCGGAGGCCAUGAUAUUUAUGCCGAGGAUUUCAUGGUGACCAAUCUCAAAUAUUUGACCCGAGAAAGCAAAUUCAAGGAUCUCCGGACUUUGCUCAAAGUCUCCAGCCUGAAAGAGUUCCCCCUGGUGGACUCUGAAGAAUCACGUGUUUUGUUGGGGUCCGUUAAGCGGAAAUGUCUCUCUGACCUUCUGUUGGACCAACUGAGUGCCGAGAAGAGAUUUCAGUACAUGCUCAGCCAAUCGGAUGGAGCUGCCAGAACUCAGGAGCUUGAACUGGGUGGACAUGAAGAGAAAAGUGAGAAAUUUGAAACGUCCAAAGAAACCAGGGGGUCUUCUUUUGAUGCCGCCGAGACCUCACUGACCAAAGACGUGGAGGAAGAGCCAUUGAGAAGUGCGGCAGGGAGUGGAGAUCAUCCGUCCGAAAGAGAGAAGCGCAUGCGCUACUACAACAUGGUGGAAGCCUGGGAGUGCCAGCAGCUGCAGGAAACGGUCCGUCUGGAUGCCUUGACCCUUGACCCGGCUCCCUACCGCCUGCUGGAGGAGGAAACGCUUUACCAGUGUUACAACCUCUUCAACCUCCUGGGCCUCCACAUAGCGUACGUGACCAACAUGGGCCGCCUGGUUGGGGUCGUUGGCCUUAAAGAGCUAAAAAGUGCCGUGGAAGGUUGUGUCAAGGGCACCUUUACCAGCCGUGCCCGAUGGCAUUCAUCUAGGCCUGCGGAUGACCAGGAACUGAAAUCGCUGGAAGAAGCCAAACGCGGGAGCUCCCUGGCCUAGGAUGGCAAGGCCACCGGCAUGGCCUGGCUCCACGUUCAGGCAUCCUCAAGAUACUCAGCUCGCCUGGCUUCCCCUACUCCUUCUCUGUGGAUCGUGAAUGAAGCCAGAAGGACAGAGGGUCUUGCGGGGGGCAUAUUUUUCUGAACUUGGCGGGGAGGGUGAUGAAAAGCCGAGUGUUGGGCUAGGAGCUGAGAGACCUGGCUUCAACCCCCCCCCCGACCCCUUCUCCCUUCAAGGAAAGUUGCCUGGGCAGCCUCUGGCCAACGACCCCCCCCCCCCAGCUCUGAGCCUAAUGCCUCUCACAGGGUUGCUGUGGGGAUAAAACGGAGGAGGGCAGAACAAAAAGCUGCUUUGAGUCCCCAGAGGGGAGAAAGGUGGGGGUAGAAAUGUCUAAAUCAAUAAACGUGUGCGGCAGAACUCGGAAGCCCUUCCAGUCUUGGGGGUGGGCUGAGCAACCUGCAGGCUAGGAGCUGUGAGGGGGGGGGAGGCUCUGAAGGGGGGCAGUUUGGACAUGGGGAGGCUGAGCACGCUGGCUUAGAGAUCGGAUCGGUUCUUGCUGAUCUGCUGAACUGGACUGGUCACGGGGGCUGUCAGGAUGUCACCAAUGGAGUGCCUUCCGGGUCUUGGUUUUCUCCCCAAGCAGCGGUGGGAAUCCCAGCUGCAAUGCAACAUCUGGAGUCCCGGUGAUGGCAAGCCGCAGCAGGUAAGGGGCAAGCGGAGAGCCAGGAUGCUGCCCCCCCCCGGCCCCAGCCUUCUUUAAUAGUUGCUUUGAACACUGCUGGGGCAGGCACAGGGGGAAAAGACCAGUAUGGAUAUUUUAAAAAACACAUUUAUUAUUUGCCAAGACCAUAACUGUAAA